UAUAAUUAUGAUGAUAUUUACCUGAUAACGACCAUUGCCUGUGUGCCCUUAAAAUGCCAUCACAGAACAUCACACAUACAGAAUCAGGCACUGCAGCUAGAGGUGGUGGUGCGUGGAGCAGAUGGUUGUUGCUAGGCAGUGUGUUUGCUGGAGCUGGUACCCUCGUAGUUGCUAGAAGACGUAUAUUUCCACGACAACAAGAUGUGUUGACGUCCUUGCUCCCGUUGCUACGGGCUGAGCCCGAGGUCAGACAUUUGAUUGGCUCGAAGCUUGUACCCGGCACUAUCACUACUUUGAAGCAUCACUACUGGGGAAGAUCAUUAAGUGGUUGGAACGCAAGGAGUGUGGAGCUGAGAAUGGUGGUGCGUGGUGAAGUGUCACGAGCUAGUGUGAAAGUGUCAGCUGGCAAGAACAAGAACAGACUAGUCAUAAACUCUGUACUAGUGGAACUUCCCAAUGGAGAGUUUCUUAGAUUGUGAAUGUGUUUUUGUCUGUUAUACGUUUUCAGUUUGUACAGUACACAUGUAUGCACUCAUUAUAUAUAGCAGGGGCAGGUUAUAGCCUCGAUCCCAGA